CCUGCUUGCUUUCUACCAUGAGUAAAACUCUUCAAAUCCAAUGUCUGUUUUACAAAAGAUGUGAGCGAUGAAGUGUUGCUACAAUCUCAUCAAAAGUGCUUGAGAUACAUUUGAGAACAAAUUUGAGUGUAUUCUGGAUCUCAUAAUAUUUGGUAUUGUAUCUGGUGGUUAAUGCUGAUGAUAACUUCCUCAUCUCAUAACAGUACUGAGGAUUUGGCAACCAUUUACUCAUGAGAACUACUACACCUAUACACGACACUUAAAAUGCUUACAAACCUGUGCUGCUUCAUCUUGUUUUUUAUAACAGAAGUUUCAGGUGUGUUUGGUCCAGAUGAAGUGAAGUCAGUGUCAGUGUUGGAGGGAGAUUCUGUUACUCUACACACUGAUAUUACUGAAAUACAAAGACAUGAUCAGAUACUGUGGAUGUUUGGCCCUAAAGAGACUCGUAUAGCUGAAAUCUAUAAGCAAGGCAUUGAUAUGUUUAACAGUAAUGAAACAUUUGGACACAUGAGACUUUUACUGGACAGUCAGUCUGGAUCUCUCACCAUCAAAAACAUCAGAACUGAACACACUGGACUUUAUAAACUACAGAUUCGAAGUGACAGAGGAAAUUCAGACAAGAGAUUCAGUGUUACUGUCUAUGCUCCUUUGCCCGUUCCUGUCAUCAUCAGAGGCUCAUCACAAUGUCCUUCAUCAUCAUCGUCAUCAUCAAGUUUAAAUUGUUCCUUGCUAUGUUCAGUGUCAAAUGUAACAGAUGUCAGUCUGUCCUGGUACAAAGGAAACAGUUUAUUGUCCAGCAUCAGUGUGUCUGAUCUCAACAUCAGACUCUCUCUACCUCUGGAGGUUGAAUAUCAGGACAACAACACAUACAGAUGUGUACUCAACAAUCCCAUCACAAACCAAACUCAACAUCUCAACAUUACUGAACUCUGUCAGCUGUGCUCAGAUUCUGUGGAGUUUUCCAGUCAUCUGAAGAGAGUGAUUCCCUCAUUGGUUUAUGCUCUGGUGGGUGUGGCUGCUGUCGCUCUAUUGGUUUGUUAUGUAAGAUCCAAACAGAAGGCAAAAUUACAAACACAAAUAUAUAUGAACUUGAAGUUGAAAAAUAAAAAAUAA